AUGGUCGAAGCGCACGUUGAAACGCGCGCGACGCCACCAACUGGCAAUACAACGACCCCACAAAGCGUCUCAACGACUGGCUCGAAGCUGCGUCCGACUGCAAAGAAUUUUGUGCUGAAUACAAAAGCGUCCGUCUGGACACCCGUCGCCUAUUCUGUGCCGCCGCCAUCCAAGCGUCAACUCAAUGUGGCCGCCCAGCCCUUUGUUCCCUCUUUUAAUGCGCCAGCGUUCGUGCCUCGAUCAAGUGGUCCGUCCGAGGUGGAGAUCAAAGACACGACAGUGUCUGUAGACUCUGGUGUGAUCAAAGAAACGACAGUGUCUGUAGACUCUGGUGUGAUCAAAGAAACGACAGUGUCUGUUGACUCUGGUGUGAUCAAAGAAACGACAGUGUCUGUUGACUCUGGUGUGACUAGCACGAUAGUGAGUGAAGUAAUCGUGGAGGAACAGGUGAAGACGAGUGUACUGGAGACGGUGUCGACGCCCGCGACUUCUGCUGCAUCGUCAAAUACGUCUGAGCCAGAGACGGAAGAGCAGCACGUGAUCGAAAAGGAGCAUGAUGUGAAGGAAGAGAUUGCGAUCGAAGCGAUCGAGUGCGAGGAGAAACAGAAGCACGAUGUGGAUGUCGAAGAAUUAGCUGAGGUUGUAGCGGAGGAAGCAGCUGAGGCUGUAGCGAAGGAAGCAGAGGUCGACGAGAAGCCCGAGGUUGUGACGGAACAGGCUUUGAUUGGCGAGCGUAUUAUCUACACAAUUGAACAGUUGCUAGCGAUGGAGCCAGAGGUGGAAGAGUGCCGGAUGCCCGAACGUGUGAAAGGCAUGGUGAUUGCAGCUGAAACGACAACGAAGGCUCUUUCGGCAUCGGUACCGGAGGAGUCAAGCAGAGGCAUGUACAGCAACGAUUCGUCUCGGACGCUGGGUCGUCACAAUAGCAGCAGUAGUUUCAACGAAGGACGCGGGCGGCGUGAGCGUGGGGGUGGUCGCGGAGGCCGCGGCGGCCGUGGAGGUCGUAAUGUCCACGACACAGCUCCUCCCCUCGAGGACUGUGCUCCGCUUGAUAUCAAUGACGAGACGCGUUGGAAGCCAUCGCACGCCAAAUCGCGUCUGGACGACCCAGUCGAGAAUGCGGAUGCGUCAUUGAAGGAGGCCAAGUCCAUUUUGAACAAGCUCUCGAUUGAAAAGUUUGACAAGCUAUCUGAUCAGCUCAUCGAGGUUGCUGUGCGCGGCCUGGAUGUACUGAAGGGUGUGAUUGAGAUGGUCAUUGCUAAGGCUCAGAUGGAGUGGCAUUUCUCGACGAUGUACGCUGAGUUGUGCGCGAAGAUCGCGCAGACUGCCAUGCCUGCGAUUUCCCUCGAGGACAACGAGGUUGUAGCGGAUACACACAAGCUCUUUCGCAAACUGCUUCUGCAGCGUUGUCAGAAAGAGUUUGAGGCGAAGCCGGACACAGAGGGACUCAAAGACUUGCGCGAGGACGAGCGUCUCGAAAAGGAGCUACUGAUGAAGCGUGCUUCUUUGGGUCACAUUCGCUUUGUUGGUGAGCUAUUUAAACAGCGCAUGCUGAGCUCGCGCAUCAUGCACGAGUGUGUCCUUAUUCUGUUUGGUGACAUAAUGGCACCUGACGAGGAGUCUCUCGAGUGCUUGUGUAAUUUGCUGAGUACGAUCGGCCAGUCCCUGGAGAGCAAAGCGUCCGAGAAGGCGGAGCUAAAUCACAUCAAUGGGUACUAUGCCACCAUCAAGAAGCUGAGUCUGGAUCCGGAUCUCCUUUGCACUCGUGUACGGUUCAUGCUCCAAGACCUGCUAGAGCUGCGCUCGAACCGGUGGAUUGCCCGGCGCAAAGAGACAAAGGCAAUGACUAUCGCUGAGGUGCACGCUGAAGUUGCUCGUGAGGCAAAAGAGAAAGAACGCAACAGCAGCAAAGCUAAUGGCCAAGCUCGUCUGCAGCGCAGCUACUCGAUGAACUCCACAGGACCAACUGGCUCGAACGACCGGCGGCGUGGCAGCAGCGGCGGUGGCGCCUCAGCGGCCUGGAAAAAUCGAAGCUUGUCUUCUUUUUCGUCACCAACGAGCACGACUACUGCGCCUACCGUGGAUGCAGAUGGCUGGGAGACUGUUACAGGUAAUGCGCGCAAGAAAGGCACCAAGCAUCGCUGUAACUCGGACCGAUUCGUUGCUCCCUCGGCUGGCAUCCCUCGUCACCCUAGUAGUGCUCGCUUGACCGAUAACGCUUUUGCUUCGUUGAGCGGCAAGGAGUCUGGGCGUAAAGGGCGCAGCCGCAGCAACAGCUCUUCAUCGACAACGCUGCGCUCUUCACGUAGUCGGGAGGACGUCAGUCGGCCACCAACAUCAUCUCCGGAAAAGCUGAACAUGGAUCGGUCUGCUAAGUCUGAAGAAGCACCCGAAGCGGAGGCUGCUCCAGCCCUGACGGCUGAGGCGUUUGGAAAGAAGGUGAAGGCCAUUCUGGACGAGUAUGUUGAGCUAGAGGAUCUGGAUGAAGCAUACGCGAGCUUUGCCGAGCUAAAUUCCACAAGCCAUUAUGGUCUGAUCCCCAACAAGGUUCUAAGCAUCGGUUUGGAUAAGGGUGACAAGGAGCGGGAGGCCAUUGCGAGCUUCCUGGCUGGUUUGUAUGACCGUAAGGUUGUGACUGGCACAGCCCUGAAAAGUGCGCUGCAAGAGUUGCUAGAGUUCGCCGAGGACGUUGAGAUUGACAUUCCGAAGACGCUCCCGUAUUUGAGCGUGAUGGUAGCUCCCUCGGUGGUAGCUGGAAGCAUCACAGUCCCUCAGCUCGUAUCUAUGUCGGAGCACUUGUGCUACAAUGGCAAGGCCGCAAAGCUGGUUGGAUCGACCCUUGCGGCCGUGCUGUCGUGUGAAGACGAAGCUAAGGUGCAGGAGCUGCUUGCAAUGGAAAGCGUCGACUUUAUGGCGUUACUGGCCGAGGCGGAUCGCAAUGAGGAGGCAGUACGGGCGUUCUACAAGGACUAUUCGCUUGAGUUCCUCAUGUAA